AUUAACGUAGACGAUUAAACGAUAAACAUGUUUAUUGUUUAAUCUUUGGUAGUAACUACUACAGUACUAAGUAUUAUUAUAGUAAUUUGUUAGGCUAAACUAAUAAAAUAUCUAUAAAGUAUAAAGUCUAAACAGUGGACUCGUUAUAAGAAGAUUACACUUAAAUACUCGUCACUAAUUAUAGUAAAUUACCUUGUUUAUACUGGAAAAAAAUUCAACUGUUCUAUACUAUUGCAAUAUUAUUUGUUUUUGCCAUUUCAUUUAAAAAUUAACAAUUAAUUACUUAAAUUUAAUUUUUAAUUGAGUUACUUAAAACAUUUGAAAUGGUAGAUCAAGUUACUUUUCCAGAGACUGUUACAGUACUAAAGUCGUCAAAUGGUUCUGUAGUUUAUCUUGUUGGUACUGCUCAUUUCAGUGAAGAAAGCCAAGAAGAUGUCUCUCAAGUGAUAAAUGCAGUCAAACCAGAUGUUGUUGUAAUAGAAUUGUGCUAUAACAGGAAUAGCAUAUUAACAAUUGAUGAAUCUACUAUUGCCAAUGUUAAAGGAAUUUCGUUAGAAGAUUUGAAAGGAUCAAUAAAAAAAUUAGGCCUUACCCAAGGUAUAUUUUAUCAACUGAUGAUAAAUAUAUCAGCAAAUAUAUCUCGCGAUCUUGGCAUGAUACCAGGUGGUGAAUUUCGUAGAGCUGUUAUUGAAGCUAAAAAAUAUAACAGCCACAUUUAUCUAGGUGAUAGACCAGUUGAUAUAACUAUUAAAAGAGUGAUUUCAAUGUUGAGCUGGCCAAAAAGCAUUAAAUUAUUGGCACACUUGUUAUUUACUGCAGAUUUUAAAAUCACAAAAGAAGAUGUCGAAAAAUUCAAAAAUAAGGACUUACUAGAAACAUUAAUGCAUGAAAUGGCUGCUGACUAUCCAGAGUUAGAGAGAGUAAUAGUUGAUGAAAGAGAUAAAUUCUUAACUUACAGUUUACAAAAUUGUGCUGGAUUUGUAAUUGAUAAAACUGGAAAUAAGCCAAAUGUAUUUAAUUCAAGACCUCAAGUUGUUGUUGGCGUAGUUGGAUUAGGUCAUGUUGCUGGUAUUAAAAAAUAUUGGGAAAAAAUUUCUGGUGAACAAAUUGCAGAACUGAUUAUAAUUCCACCUCAAUCAAGAAGUAGCAAAAUUAUUAAAGUUGUCAUCAAGGUUUCUGCCUAUGGUUUACUUUUAUGGGGUGUUUCUAAGAUCCCUGGUGUAAGAUCAUUAUCAAAAAUGGCUUAUGAUGCAGUUACUUCUACAUAUGUUCAAGGGAAAUUUAUAAAAGUACAAUAAACUAUCAAAAAUCAAUAUUCCAUUAUAUAUUAUAUUUUAUGUUUUAAAUAAUAAAUAGCAAAUACAAAUAAAUAUAUUCAACAAUGUAUAGUAAUAAUCAAAGCGAAGAUAAUUAUGAUCAUAUUGAUAAUUCACUUAUAUAUUCUUCAACAAACAUUCCAGGACCUGGCUGUAAU